CGGAGUGUGCGCGCUCGUGUGGGUGGUUGCCGGAGCGUAAGGCGGGCUUUGAAAAUCCGGUUUCGGUGCGAAUAUUCAAAUUCAAACGUUUAACGCGCGAAAAAUUACCUCGGCGCUCCGUCCGGUGGAAUUUUACUCAACUAAUUUUUCAUAUCCGCCCACGCCGUUUACCUGAAUCUCUCGUUGCCGGCUUCCCCUCCGCAGGACCGAGAAUUAGCCGAUCCGCAUAAGGGUCGAUCAUAAACAGUUUCCGCACGACGCGGCCCUUUAUGCUGCUCAGCGCCGUAAACACAACAGCUUCGAGCGUCGCAUUCGGCUAUGGAACGUUGUGGGCAACAGGUCGGUUUGGCAUCUGCGUGUACAGUUGAUCGGCCGAGGACAGCAUAGGCGUCGCGCGUGUCACAGUGUAAACAACAUUCGAGAGCUCGUGUAUACAUCAGGAUGAUGGAAAUAGAUGCGCCAUCGAACUUCGCUUCAAAGGACGACGAGGUGCGCUACUGGAUGGACGUCGCUCAGCAAAUGUGCCAGAGAAAAGAGGAAAUCGAGCGAGAAAUGAUCGAGUUCCAAGAGAACUCGGAGCUCUACGAGAAGGAGCUGGAGACGUCAUUCGAGCAAACUGACAAACGAAAUCGUGAUUUGUGCCGCAGGAACGAGACGCUAGAGUCCGAGAACUCCCAGCUCAAGCUUCGGCUUAGCGAGCAGAUGGCCGUUCAGGCGAAAUUCCAGGCACAGUUGCACGAACAGAAGAGGCACAACGAUCAGCUGCUCGUUUGCAUAAGGAAACUCGAGCAGCAGAACGAUGAUCUGGAAAAGGCCAACAGAGAGUCGAAGACGGCCGAGGAGGAGCUGGAGAUGCAGUUUAACAGUGUGCUGGAAAAGUUGGCGUUGCUUCAGACGGACGUCGAGGAGAAGGAGGGAUUGAAGGUCGUCGUGCAGCGGUUGAAGGACGAGAACAAAGAACUGAAGCAGCAAAUUCAAGUCGACACGAGACAGUACAACAGCAACAGCCGGCUACCCAUGAAAUCUGAGGAAAUGCAGAAUAUCGCGAUCAGUCAAGUUUUUGAACGUAUGAUGGAAUUUGAUAGACCGCAGAGUAAGAAAGAGAUGCGGAACAUGCGAGAAAUGGAAGAACAAGUCGACAGUUUGCAGGAUGCCCUGAGGAUCAGUAAAGAGGCUCAGGAGGACAUUGCAUCCAAGUUUGACUCGGCCGUGAAGAAGAUCGCAUUACUCGAAGCGGAGCUGAGCGACAAGAAAAACGUCCAGGCAACCAUCCAGAAGCUUCAAGAGGAAAACAGAGACCUGUCGCAGGAAAUGGAUGUACGUCUUCGCGCGCACAAAAGCAAGACCCUUCUCGAGAGGACGCGUUCCCACUCGAUCAGCAGUAAGUUGCAGGAGGAAAAGCAGAGAAGCUCCGCGGGCAACCGCGUGAGCCGUAACAUCGAGAACAGGGUUAAGAAAGGCAAGGAAGAGGAAAAGCGCCAGCAGAAUCUCACCUGGUUCCUCAAGAGAUUGAGAUACUCCCAGCCCAACUGGAUGCGCAGAAAGGAGCAAAAUUAAAAAGCAAACUGCUUGUAAAAGCUUGACGAUUAUUUAAUGUCGAUUGAUAUUUCUUAUGUUCUCUCAACGGAAAAGAAUUUUAUUUUUGGACAGGUAAUGUAAGCGCUUUACCCAAUCUUAAUAAGUCGUGACGCUUUAACGUUUUAUAGUUAAUAUUCGAUUUAUUUCAUUUUUCAUAAGUAAACUUAUUUACUUAUAAUUUCGUUAGCAUUAAUCGGUUUAAUUUUUCGGUUUUUCAUUCUCUAUACAUUUCACGACACAAUGUAAAAGUAUUUUUGUCCGAUUUCCGUGUUAUUAGUAAACAAAUGUAAUUCAAAUAGCAUAUUUACCUUCCUCGUGUAAACCGAGGCAUGCAAUAAAUAAAACAGCAUUUAUUUUUAUCAUAAAAAA